AUGUCUACCCGUCAGACCCGAAGGAAGUCCGCCAAGCUGCGCGAAGCUGCCGCAGCUGCAGCUUCGUCCGACGACGAUCAGCAACAAGUCACCAUGAAUGGCAAUGGUUCUGCUCACCACACGCCGGAAGUCGCGGAAUCUGAGGAAGUUGAGAAUAUCUUCCUCUUCUGGCCCAAUAUCAUCGGCUACAUCCGUAUCAUUCUCGCCAUUGCCUCGUUAUACUAUAUGCCUGUCCACCCUCGAACCUGCUCCGUCCUGUACGCUGUAUCCUGCCUGCUUGACGCAUUUGAUGGCUAUGCCGCUCGAAUUUUCGAACAGUCCACUCGCUUCGGCGCGGUGCUCGACAUGGUUACCGACCGCUGCACCACCUCCUGCCUGCUCGUCUUCUUGUCAUCCGCUUUCCCGCGAUGGUCGAUUUUGUUCCAGGGCUUGAUUGCCUUGGAUUUCUCCAGCCACUAUAUGCACAUGUAUGCCACUCUUGUGGUUGGCGGCUCCGACUCGAGCCACAAGAACAUCGACAAGAGCCAGAAUUGGCUACUGAACUUGUAUUACACCAACAAGACCGUCCUGUUCACCCUGUGCGCCCUCAACGAGCUCUUCUUCAUCGGUCUCUAUCUGCUGGCCUUUUCUUCGCCUUGGCUGUCUCCCCACCUGAUCAAGAGUGUCGAAGAGACAAGUGGUGGCUACAUCAAUCCAGGUGCUCCGGUUAAUACGUCGCUGCUCCGACAGAUGUUCCCCGAUCCGUUCAGUGCCUCUGCAUUGGAAAUUGCUCGAGCCAACAAGAUGGACUCCCUCGUCCCCUGGGCUAUUGCUGGCAUCAGCCUCCCUUUUAUGGUUGUCAAGCAAGCCAUCAACGGAGUCCAGUUGUACAACGCCGGCCAGUGGCUUGCCGAAGUUGAUGUCAAGAUGCGCAAGAAGAACGGCCUUCCGCGCAAAAACAAGGCUAAGGCGUUGUAA